AAAUAUAUCGAUAAUUCACGACUAUCGCUUAUCCUACCAUAUCUAAGACCUGUAGACCAGUGUUUGUGCGCAUUAGAUUUAUUUAAAAGUAAAAAAACUCUUUUGUUGGUCAAAAAAGACCUUCCAAGAUCUUUGUAGAGCCAACUGCAACCAAUUAGUACCUGGCAAGCGAAACACGUGCCAAAACAAACGUUUAUUUUGUUGGUUCGGUACUGAGUAUAAACAUAAGCCAGCAAAAUGGGAAUGGUAACAAAGCGCAAGAAGAUGCACUAUGGAGAUACCCAUCUUCAACGAAGAUGGCGUGUGCGAAAUCGCCGUCGAGAUCUUGACCAGAUUGAUAACGAUUUGCAAACUAGAAGCGGUGAACUGAUCAAUCAAAACGUGGAUCUCGAUAAGCCGGGAUUCGCACAGUUCUAUUGCGUCCAUUGUGCAAAGUAUUUUAUAGACGACACAGCCAUGCAGGCGCAUUUCCGUACUAAGGUACAUAAAAGGCGUCUCAAGGCGCUUGAAAUAGAGCCUUACAGCAUCGAAGAAGCGGAACGCGCCGCAGGACGUGGCAGCUUCGUGAAGCCAAAGAAAAGAACCAUGGAAACCCAGCCCUCAAAGGAGGAGGCGGCUGGCGGCAAAAGGAUUCGGGUUGAAGAGGUUCCAGAGGACACUGAUGCUACAGACUCUCCCACCACGUCUAAAACGAAACGCAAGAAAGCUGAGAAGAUGGAGACAUAGCUGGAAUAACGAGCCCAACUCUUAAUCUAGCUUAGUUUUUAAGGCCUUUGGGGGCUGGACUCCUUUCUGUCCCAAGGCCCAUCCUGAAAACUAUAUUGCUUAUUAAAAUGUGCAUAAACACAAGAAGAAGUGGCACCAGAGGACAGAUGCCACUAAAUUAACCUUCCCAAACACAUAAAAAGAGUGGAGGGAGCUAAGAUGGGAACCUUUUCUUUAAUGUAGACUAUCUUUUUGUACCCUUGAAACUCUAUUACUUCUUAUAAAUAUACUUUUUUUCUUUAAUUACA